GGAGGAAUGAUAACGACAGGGAAUAAUUAAUUCUCAAGUCGUAGGGACCAAUGAUUACAUAGUAAUGAUAGCUACAUCAAUUUACAUGUCGACCUCUGAAGUCGCCAAACACGCGACAAUUGGGCAUAAACCACCCACCUCGUAACGCAUUCGACAACCUCAACGCCGACACGAUAAGAUCACAUCGUGAAGCUUAUACCGAAACCCCUUUGCGAUAACAAACAGUGUAGGAAUCUAUCCUCGCAUUUUUCUGACCAUUAAGCCUUCGACCUGGAAUAGUCAAGUUACCACGAAGCCGACACUAUAAACCGACAAGAUGGCGGAACAACAGUCACCCCCACCGGCCGGUACCCGCGAUAAACUCGAAGCCCAAAUCAAGUCUGCAGAUAUGACGGAAGACAUGCAGCAAGAGGUAAUCGACGUCGCUCAGGAAGCUAUGGGAAAAUACACUAUCGAGAAGGACAUUGCACAGCACAUCAAGCGUACCUUCGACGAGCGAAAGGGUCCGACCUGGCACUGCAUCGUAGGAAGGAACUUCGGAAGCUUUGUCACUCACGAAACGAAGCACUUCAUCUACUUCUACUUAGGACACUGCGCCAUCCUGCUCUUCAAGACGCAGUAGAGUAGCGGCUUGCAGUUUAAGCCACUAGUUUUUGUUAGGGGUUCAGUCUCUUGGUGGCGCAGGCGCUCGCGUUUGCUUUAAUUGCGAAGAAGACAAUUCUAGGGGGCACGAAUCAGAUGGUGACGCAUACCCUAAUUAUGAUAGAUUGAUCGCCGCAUCGAUAUGGGUCACUGUAUAUCGCCAUACGCAAAAUACUGUUCAUAGAGAAAACAAGAUGAAUAUGCAAAAUGCAGAACGUGCGAUGUCAAGUAUGUUAUAGCUUAGUUAAAUAGCAAACCGUGAUAUACUCA